AUGGAAUGGCAUCGGAACGGGCUCGGACGACGUUGUUAUAGGCAGAAAACUGUCGCCUCCGCCCACUCUUUCCUUGGCUCCGCCUCUUUGCGCGACCGUUCUUCUUCCCGAUCGACGGCGUGAUACUUUGGCAAAUUGGAGUAGAAUAAGUUGAACGGCUUGAGGCCACACAUGGAAGCGGCUGGAAGCCGUUCACGUGCGUCGGAGGCGACGUCGAUGACGCGGCGAAGACAAUUCGUCGAAGGCGGUCACGCUUUUUUCGGGCUGCUGUAA